AUGUUUGGAAACCCAGGACCAUUCUCAAACUCCUCAAGGGGUUUCGUAGUCGAUGACUUUCAGCAGAGGAGAGGUUUCCAGCAGGAUGACCUCAGGUGUCCUCUGCAGAGAAGCAUGUCCAGGCCCAGCGGCAAAUCUAUAUACAUGCAGAGAAAGGAGUAUUCUGAGGUGCUGAACAGACAACCUGACAACUUUCAAUUCAGAGUGGAGCAUCUGUUCACCUGUGAGCUGGAUGGCCAGGAGGUGAAGAACCUGGGCAACUGUGUGGAUAAACUCAAGAGACUGAAUGACAGAAGUCGUCUGUGGCCACAGGAGAUGAUUAUGGAGGUCCAGGCCGGUUAUCUGCUGCUCAGUGACAUAGAGACAAAGUUGGAGUUGGAGUCACUGCCUUUGAGCGACAUUCUGCAAACCACAGCUGUGCUGGACAGCUGCACUUACAACUCUCUGCUGAUGAUCAGUGUUCAGGAUCGCAGCAGACGCUUCCCGCAGGUCUUCAUCUUCCAGUGUGAGGAAACUGGGGCGGAGAACAUCAGGCGCGAUCUGGACAAAGUGGUCCAAAACAGAGAUGGAAAUGUGGAAUUGCGUAGUGACCAGGCUGACAUCAGGAGUGAUCUGGAGGACAUCAUAGGCCGUCAAGCCUUUGGAAGUUUUCGACAGACUGGGCCUCGUGACACGGAGCGAGAAAGGACACUGCCACCGCCACCCCCACCGGACCACCCGGCUCCACAGUGGAACUACAGGGAUCCUGAAAAUGUACCCAGAAUGCCACCCCCACACGAGGAAACGAUACCCCGCCCAAGCUUCAUAAUGCCACAGCACAGCCUAGAUUUUCCUCAAGCUCCUGAUAACGCGAAUGUGAACAGGAACAUGGACAUUUUAAACCAUAUUAUCACUGAUAUGGAGAUCUUUGUGGCCAUGGUGAUGGCUGCAGCAAACACACCACCAGCACAGCAGGAAAAAAAGAAGAAGAAGAAAUCCAAGAAGAAAUCAAAGAACACAGCACCAGAGGUCAAUCUACCGCAUUGGGAAGAGUAUGUCUCAUGUCUUCAGAAAAUGAAAUACGGCUUCAACUUGCUGGCUCACCUGGCUAAUGAUCUCACCAACCCGAGUGCUCCUGAAUUGGUCCACAACUUCUUCUACUGUUUGGGCUUGAUUGUACCUCAGUAUCCUCCUGACCUCCCUCCCACUGUCAUCUCACCCCUGCUAACGGACGCAGCACUGCGGCUGCUCAGUCAGGAGGUUGGACCAGAGGAGGACCAGCUGUGGAGGUCGCUGGGAGACAGUUGGAACAUUCCCAGGUCUAAAUGGCCAUAUGGAGAUGUUCCUCCUUUCAUCCCAGAGUUCUACGAUGGCUGGCAACCGCCGCCGCCUCCAGCCCCAAACCUUAAUCAGAAUGGGCCAUUGAGCAGAACCAACAGCAUGCGCUUCCCACUGGAUCAGCCAAAUGAACAGGUGAGCGACAACCACUGCAGGCACAGACGCCACCUGCGAAGUACGUUGGAGAUCUGUGCAGGUUUGACGUUUAUAUUUUUCACUCCACAGUGGGGCACAGGCAGACAAAUAACUCUGGACAUGAAUUCCACGCCUGCAGAGGUUAAAGCCUGGCUGGAAGACAAAGGUUUCGCCAAAAUCACCGUAAGCAGUCUCAGCGUACUGAACGGCAAACUGCUGCUGGGGCUGUCGAAGGAGGAAUUACGGACUGUGUGUCCUGAAGAAGGGGGGAAGGUUUUCUUCCAGCUUCAAGGUGUCAAAUCAUCUAUUGCACUCGCCAGUGAAUCCUCAGGCAUGUACAACAGCCGCUACUAAUCUCUUCAGUCGCCAAGUUGCUGGGGUCUACUUAUCACGUGUGUGUAAAGUCACACUGAAGCUUAACUGACAAAUUCCAGUCUGCAUGAGCACAAGCAACCGUGGCUUUGUCCACUGGGAUCCACAAACAAGUCUUUAAUGUGGUCAUUACUC